UGCAGUGCGCAUUGCCGCUCCCGGCUUUCUUUUCUUUUGUUCAUCGACGCUCAGCCCCCGCCAUGGUCUCGUUUUCCUUUUUGCAGCAGCACAAGAGCCCGUACGAGCUCGACGCCAUCGUCGACCUCGCCCAGCCCUCGUUUUGGAUUGCGGCAGCGUCAAUCUGCUUCAACCCGCUCUACUGGAACAUUGUCGCCCAGAAUGAGUACAACAACAAGACACUGACGAAGCUCCUCGGCGGCCGGCGCUACCUCGGCUGCUACCUCCUGGGCGCCUCCAUCUUCCUCCUCGGCAUCCUCCGCGACCACCUCUACAAUGCCGCGCUGGCCACGCAGCCGCACAAUGCGCUGCUCGCCCACCCGCUCGCCAAGGCGCUUGGCGCGGCUCUCUUUGCCGCCGGCCAGGUCUUUGUUCUCAGCAGCAUGUGGGCCCUCGGCAUCACCGGCACCUACCUCGGCGACUACUUUGGCAUCCUCAUGGACGACAUCGUCACUGGCUUUCCCUUUAAUGUCAUGGGCGACCCCAUGUACUGGGGCAGCUCCAUGUGCUUUGUCGGCGUGGCCCUGUGGUUCGCCAAGCCCGCCGGCCUGCUCCUCAGCGCCCUCGUCGUCGUCGUGUACACAGUUGCGCUCCGCUUCGAGGGCCCCUUUACCGCCAACAUCUACGCCCAGGCCGCGCGGGAAAAGAGCCGGACAAAGACCAUCGACGACCUCCGCAGCGUCGACGGCCCCGCGCGGGGGACGAGGAGCAGCGCCGCCAACAGCCCGGCGCCGGCCACGCGGCGGACGCGCUCGUCGAAAAAGUCAGACUGAGGCGCUUCAUUCACUUGACACGCAAACAAAAAGAGGCGAUUCAACUCUUCCUCACCGUCGCUGCUACGUGCAACUCUCUUAUCCCCUUGUACCAAAGUCACCCGGAUCACGCCUUUUCUCUCUUCUCUCUCUCUCUCUUUCACUCUUUCACUCUGUCACACUCUCUUUCUUUUGUCGUAAUUAGAUUCUUUGCUGCUCUG